CGCAAAAUACAUCAUCAAAUUGAUUUACAAUUUUAAUACUUCAAAAUGGCUCUUUCUAUGAAGGUCCAGGCCUCGAGCCUUAUUGCGGGCCAGCGUCGCGGGCGCCCUGUCCCGGGCCGCCGCGCCAUGGUCACCAAGGCCGCGCUGGAGCUGAAGGCCCCUCCUUAUCCACUGGAUGCCCUUGAGCCUCACAUGAGCAAGCAGACUUUGGAGUUCCACUGGGGCAAGCACCAUCGCGCUUAUGUGGAUAACAUGAACAAGCAGAUCGCCGGCACCCCGCUUGACGGCAAGAGUCUGGAGGAGAUCGUCCUGGCUAGCUGGAAUGGCGGCAACCCUACGCCGGUCUUUAACAACGCUGCUCAAGUCUGGAACCACACAUUUUUCUGGGAAAGCAUGAAGGCAAAUGGUGGUGGUGCACCUACUGGCAAGCUGGCUGAGGCAAUUGCGCGCGAUUUCGGCAGCUUUGACAAGUUCAAGGAGGAGUUUAAGACUGCAGGCAUGACCCAAUUCGGCUCGGGCUGGGCCUGGCUUAAUGCCGACAAGUCGGGCAAGCUCAGCAUCAGCAAGUCGCCGAACGCCGUGACCCCUGUGGUUGAAGGCAAGACGCCUAUCCUUACUGUGGACGUGUGGGAGCAUGCCUACUACAUCGACGUCCAGAACCGUCGGCCAGACUACCUAACCACCUUUAUCGAGAAGUUGAUCGACUGGGACGUCGUGGCCCAGCGUUACGCAGCUGCUCAGCAGUGAAUGGAUUAUAAUCUUUCAUUGCGAGGAAAGUAUUUACUGAUGAAUGAGAAAAGGAAUGAAUUGCUCUGUUGGUUAGUUCGGAGAGGUGGUUGGUCAUAUUUCGUUGGCAUUUCCGAUUGAGCUUGACCCAGUGGUUGGUUAUGGCAGUUGUGGAAUGGACCUGAAUUGUUCAUGACGCGUAAUGCGAGGAUCUGGAUACCGCUAUGCUCAAAUUUUGCUCGCUCUGCGCUGUCCUGGCGUGCCAGCUGCCACGCAUCAUUCAGUCAACGGGAGGAUGGUCCGUGUUUGUUUGUACCUAAACUCGCAUGUCUGCAUGGCGGCUUGUAACGGAUUAUUA